UUAUUCCGAAGUUAUUAAAUGGUAUCUGUUUUCAGCUACUGUAGCGUCUUCAGUUAGUGACUAUCAAGUUCCUCUAGCAUUUCAGUCAGUAGGAUUGUUACAACCAUGUAUUAUUAUUCAUUGAUUUACAUGUAUUUAGUGACUGCCUGUUGAUUGACAGGUAAUGAAUAACUCAAUCCAGUUCUGGGAAGCCACAGACAAGCAGGUUAAAUGUACCUCCUUAAGUUGGGGGUGGGUAUUAAUAGCCUUGGAGGCCUUUGAGGAUGGGCCCUUCCCUCCUGGUUGACUUUUGAGCUCAUCUCUUGUUUUCCCUGGUAACAAUAGAAAGGCAAGCACCAUAGAAUCUAAAUUAUUGUAUGGAAAGGCAAAGUUAUUGUAGAGGUUUAUUAAGGUAAAGAUACUUCCUCCUGAUAGUCUAACAGAGUCUAAGUUUUAUCUUUCUGUCCCUGGGUGGAGAGCUAACAUUCUGUGACUUCUGAAACAUUGUAUACUAUAGUCUUUUAAGAGUUAACCAGCUGGACCUGUCAGUCACCGGACCAGGAGUCUACCCCCGCCCCCUCUGGAAAUCUGACUUGCUUGAUGUCAUGUUAAGGAGAGGGGAGAAUAAUUAAUGAAAUCAGGCAUCAUCUAGGAAGAGGUUGUGCAGACUGAUAAUGAAGUGUCCUUGCAGAAGCCACUACUUCAGAAGCCUGUGGGUUCUUCCCUCAGGCAUCACUGCAGAGGCCCUCUACUUUCAGAAAUGUACCCUUCCCUUCUUUCUUUCCCACCAGUUCAAUGUAGAAGCAUACUUUCCCAGGCACCCUGGGAUUUCUCAUUCUUUCUCUGAAGUACUCCAUCCCCAACCCCCAUGCAAUUGCUUGACAGCCUCCAAUGCACAGGACCCAGUUUUACUUUUUUCUCUUCACACUAUCUCCUGCCUCUUGGCAGCCUUAAGAUUUGAAGACUUGCCUUCAAACUAACAAAAUUGUUCACAGGUUUCCUUCUGACUCUGUUUUAAAUUCUUUUUAUCAAUUAGACUAAGAACCCAAAAAGAAAUUCUUAGUUUCCUAGUAGUACUUAAACUUCUGGCCUUCAGUACUGAGCACAUGCCUGAGGUAGCUAAUCUGUGGAAGCUGAUCUGAUAUGGAUGAAUGUCCAAGGCAUUCAAAACUAGUCUGCUUUGGCUCUCAGAAGGCUUAGCUCAGAGCAAGGCCACUGCUGCCUCCCAGGAAGACUACUAUCAGAGCUAUUCAUAAUGAGUCUAGAUAUAAAAUGUGGGUCCCAGCUCUGAGUAGGUGGUUGUGCUGAGCCACUUCUGAUUCAAGGCGAAGACCAUCAUUGCUUCUAACAACACAUCACUUGUUCCAGAAUACUUAACAUUGAAACAAUGGCUGACUGCUCAUGUAGUCAGCCUACCUCCUGAUAAAAGCAGCCCCUUCAGUCGCCUCUAGGGAGACUUUGUCUCUAGUCUUUCCCACUGUACUGAAGUGUGUCUGAUCAACACAGCCUCUGCCUUCUUGUAUCUUUGAUGCACUCAUUCUCCUGCCUUAUCUUCCCUGACUGCCAGUACUGUCCCUGGCACAGAAGAGAAUUUAGAAAAGUGACUGGGAGGUGGCACUCAGUUUGAUCUUCACUGGGAAGUUACCAUUGAUCGCACCAUCUUCUGUCCCCAAAGCUGGAGAGAGCUGUAGGCAGUGAAGUGGAGACACUGGUAAAUAUUGACAGAGGUCAAGGUCGUGGCAGGACCAUUUGGCCCAUGCCUGUUGGGGAAGCAUAAACCUGCAGUUCACAGUGACUGGUCUACUGGUUUACAUUUCUAGAAACGGGGAAAGUUGUUAACAUUUUAAAUCUGGCAGCUGGCUAAUCAAUCUUUUGUGGUUGCAGAGCCACUGGAUACACCAUCUUCUUCCUGCUGUUCUUCUCUGGCCCAGGGAAGACUUCUCUUUUUCACAUUUGUUCCAGGAGGAAAAUAUAACUCCUUCUCUAGAAGGAAGUUGUUCUGAUCUUAAGUGGUUAGGAGGAUGCUUGUGAUCGAAAUCACAGUUUAAUUUCACCCUGGGUCAAGUAAGUGCUUACCAAAUGCUUUCUUGGGUUGUGUGCUCUCUGAUGUGGCUGAUUUCUGCCUUAGAUGAAAGCUGUUCAGAGCUUCCUCCAGUGGACAAUAGUGUAUUUGUUGCAAAGGAAGUAGAAGGACAGAUUCUGGGGGUUUACCUUUGUAUCAGAGGUUACCACUUGGUGGGAAAGCAGUUUUUGGUCCUCAAUCUCUCAGAGGAAUGGGAUGACUCCCCGCCUGAGUGCCGCUUGGGCCACUGUCCUGAGCCUGUACUGGAAAAUGGCAAGACCAAUUAUUCUGGACCUGUGAAUGCAAGCGACAAAAUCAUGUUUAAGUGCAAUGAUGAUUACAUCCUCAAGGGAAGCAAUUGGAGCCAGUGCCUAGAGGACCACACCUGGGCACCUUCCUUGCCCAUAUGCCGAAAUAGAGACUGUGGACCUCCCGGGAUUCCUAGCCAUGGCUAUUUCGAAGGAGAGUCUUUCACUGCAGGAUCUAUUGUUACUUAUUACUGUCAAGAUGGGUACCACUUAGUGGGCACGCAGACGCUGCAAUGCAUUGAUGGGGAGUGGAGCAGUUCCUAUCCUGCCUGUAAGCCCAUUCAGGAAAUCCCCAGCCUGGCUGAACAGACUGCACUUGGGAAAGCAAUUCUUGCCUUUCAGGAGAGUAAGGAGCUUUGCAGUGCCACAGAGAACUUUGUGAGAAGCCUAAAGGAAAGUGGACUAACAAUGGAAGAACUAAAAUAUUCCCUGGAGAUGAAGAAAACUAAGUUGAAGGAAGAUAUUUUACUGAAAUAUAGCUAGGCAAGAUGGUAACAGAAAUGCCCCUGUGAAUAAACCACUUCUGAGGGUG